AAAUUGAUUCUAUUAUAAGACCUACUGAUAGUGAGGAAUUUUCAAUUCUUCGUCCUCGCGGAGCCAUUCUAUACGCACCACCAUCUUUAUCAAUAAAUGAAAAUGAAACAUCUGAAGAAAUGAACUUAUUUAAAAAAGCACUUCAAGAAGAUAACAUUCAGAUUUGGUCUACUAGAUGUGGUAAUCUUUCAAAUUCUUUAGAAAUGUUAUCAUCAAAUGAAGACAUUACUAAAAUAUUGGAAGAAAAUAUGAUUUCGAAAGAGAUAAAAUUAAAAGAUAUUAGUGAUGGAUUUGACCUUGCGGCUAAUGAAAGUGUUAUUAAAGUUAUUGUAGAUGUUGAGAAUUGA